CCGGAAAAGCGAGGGGUAGCAGAGAAUGCGGGUAAACCUCGGAUAUGAAGCUGUGCUUUUGAUUUCCUGGAGGUUUUAGAUGCUUGGUGGCGUAGACCUUUUGUUUGGCAUCUCGCGGAGGGAUCAUGUUGACCCGGCUGAAAGCAAAAUCAGAGAGGAAGCUUGCAAAACAGAUUUGCAAAGUUGUAUUGGAUCAUUUUGAAAAACAGUAUUCCAAAGAACUUGGAGAUACCUGGAAUACAGUAAGGGAUAUACUAAUAUCUCCAUCAUGCUGGCAAUAUGCUAUCCUUCUUAAUAGAUUCAAUUAUUCCUUUGAACUGGAAAAAGAUUUACAUUUAAAGGGCUAUCACACACUCUUUCAAGGAUCUUUACCCUACUAUCCUAAAUCAAUGAAGUGUUACCUUAGCAGAACUCCAGAUAGAAUGCCUUCAGAAAGACACCAAAUUGGAAUUCUAAAAAAAUACUAUCUCCUGAAUGCUGCCUCUCUUCUCCCAGUAUUGGCUCUGGAAUUAAGGGAUGGGGAGAAGGUUCUGGAUCUGUGUUCUGCUCCUGGAGGCAAAUCAAUAGCUCUGCUGCAGUGUGCUUAUCCAGGUUAUCUUCACUGUAAUGAACAUGAUAGUCUGAGAUUGAGGUGGCUGAGGCAGACAUUAGAAUCUUUCAUCCCACAGCCUUUGGUAAACGUAAUUAAAGUGUCUGAAUUGGAUGGCAGAGAAAUGGGAGAUGCCCAGCCUGAAAUGUUUGACAAGGUGUUAGUUGAUGCUCCGUGUUCAAAUGAUCGAAGUUGGUUGUUCUCUUCUGAUUCUCAGAAGGCAGCCUGUAGGAUAAGCCAAAGGAGGAAUUUGCCUGUUCUGCAGGUAGAACUCUUAAGGUCUGCAAUUAAGGCCUUACGCCCUGGAGGGUUACUUGUGUACUCUACAUGCACACUUUCCAAGGCAGAAAAUCAAGAUGUCAUCAGUGAAAUUUUAAACUCCUACACAAACAUCAUGCCUGUGGACAUUAAGGAAAUGGCAAGGACUUGCUCCCAAGACUUCACAUUUGCUCCCACUGGCCAGGAAUGUGGACUUUUGGUAAUUCCAGAUAAGGGCAAAGCCUGGGGCCCAAUGUAUGUAGCCAAAUUGAAGAAAUCAUGGACUAUGUGAAAUUGGUGAUACACAUUUUGUAAGCCACGUCAGUGUAUUAUUAUAUUUAUUUUCCUGGGCUCUCUAGGUGUUAACAUUUAAAUAAUUAUGGAGUCAUUUUCCUUGGGUCUGUUUGGAAUCCUAUUUUACUUAAUACUUGGCAUCUCAGAAUCUAGGCUUGAGAAUUUUCCAGGUGUAUUUUUUUCCUAGAAAUAUAUCUAUAGCACUGGUUUCAGGUAUUGCAGAUGGUGUUUGUUCUGUAUAAUAAAUCUGCUGUCUUUUAGUUGGCAUUUUGUAGUUAAAUUAAUCAGAAUAUAUGGUUUUAUGCAUAAUAUGUUUAGGAAUGCAUUCUAUCCAUGAUGUUGGUGUUUUGAACCUUUAAAAAUGCACAUGUGGCUGGCCCUUUUAUAAUUUUUUUCCUUAUCAAAUAUACAUAUUCUUUCAGAGUCCCACCCCCCACCUUUUUCCAUAAGAACUGAUUAGUAUUCUGAGACUAACUUCUUAAGCGGCACUAUUUCUAGUUCUAGAAAAUAGGUUUCUUAUUUGCCACAUUGUUUUCCACUAAGGACUAUCUUCUGUUUACUGCAAAGGUCAGUGACUCUAUUGACACUAGCUUUAUUUCUCCACUUUUUUUUGUAUUCACAAAUACAAACUGAAAGGGUAAAUUAUGUUGAAAUGCUGUUAGAACAGCAGAUUCACAUGCACAGUUUGACUUUCGACAUUCGGCUUGCGAAUAAGGGAGUCUAUCCAGCAGGCUAUAAAACAAGUACUUGAAACAAAACCAGAAUGAUUAAUAACUGCAAUAACAACUAUAUUUGGAGAGUUUUGUUACAUAAUUGCAGUUAUAAUGAGCACUACAGAAUCUGAUUAUCUUACAGUUGCAAUCUGGAGGAGCUUCUUAUUUCACUCCGUUAUGAAAUGUUAUAUGAGAGUAUGAUGUCAUGUAUUAAUGCACAAGAGGGAGAUGCCUAAUGAGAGUGGAUUAUACUAUUACCAAAACCCAAUACCAUUUACUAUGUGGCUCUCCCUGUUUACAUAUAUCCUGGGAAUAUUGGGUACAUUACUGUAUAUGUACUUAGGGUUUUAGCUUCAGGUUUGGAUCAUGUAAAGUUUUCUCUAGAAAUUGCUUCACUUAGAGUCCAAAGGUACUUUUCCAACUAUUAAGAAGAAUUAUGCAGCAUACUUCAAAAGAUAAUAAUCUAUUUGGAAAUUAACUUUAAGAAAAAUAAACUGACUAUAGAAGUAAGAAAUUCUGCUGAAGCUGAAUCCUUUUGCAUUUGUUUACUAUAUUCUGCAUAUUUAAACCAGAGACUCUUUUCUCCCGAACUGUUUUUUUUUUUUUUUUUUUCAACAAGCAUAUAUAACCAGUUUCUUACAGCUGGGAAAGAAAAAACUGGAUCUCUUGGACUCAAUGAAAUAUACCGGAUUAAUACAGAAAAUUAAAGAUAAUGGAAAAUAUAUUU